AUGUCACUUCUAAAACUCUUGAUUUUUCAGCCCAUACUGAUGCUGUCUGCAUUUACUGGAACAGCUGAUGGAUAUUAUGAGUACAUGAUGAAUGAAUGCGUCUACAGCACCAGUGAUUACAGUGAUAUGGUGUUUCUUGCUUCAUCUUCCUUCAAUCAAGUCGUGUAUCUACAGUUCAACAGCUCUGUGGGGAAGUAUGUGGGGUACACUGAGCUAGGAGUGAAAUAUGCAGAGAACUUCAACAAAGAUCAGGCCUUCAUACAGCAGAAGAAAGCUGCAGUGGACAGAUUCUGCAGACAUAAUGCUCAGAUCUGGGACACAGCUGUCCGUGAUAAAUCAGUUACACCGAAGAUUACUCUCAGGUCAGCGAGGGAGGCUGGUGGCAGCCGUCCAGCCAUAUUGAUGUGCAGCGCAUAUGAGUUCUACCCUAAAAAAAUCAAAGUGUCCUGGCUGAGAAACGGUGAAGAGAUGACCUCAGACGUGACCUCCACUAUGGAGAUGGCUAAUGGGAACUGGUUCUACCAAAUCCACUCUGAGCUGGAGUACACCCCCAAAUCUGGAGAGAAGAUCUCCUGUAUGGUGGAGCACGCCAGCUUCAGUAAACCCAUGAUCACAGACUGGGACCCCUCUGUCCCUGAAGCUGAGAGGAAUAAAAUCGCCAUCGGGGCGUCUGGUCUGGUGCUGGGAAUCAUCAUCGCAGCUGCUGGACUCAUUUACUACAAGAAGAAAUCAGCAGGGAGGAUCCUGGUACCAAACUGACUCCAGUAAGUCUGAUGUUACCUGAUGCUGACUGGAACAGGACCUGUUUGGAUCACUGAUGGAAUCUCUAACACAACUUUCACAUACAGCCUUCUUAUACUGAAAUUUUAGCUUGUGUUUCACUUUAAUAACUGAAGCAAUAAUGAAAAUGAAAAACAAACAGCAUCAAACAUACAUGACUUGUAUUUGAGCAUCUCUAUGUAAUGUCAGCAAUAAACUAAUACAUGUUUUUUUUAGAGAAUAUGUGUAGAAAUGAUUUAGCUUGAACUCUCUAGAGCUGAUCAAGCAAAGUGAUGUUAUAAAGGUUUUCAAUCCAUGUUUCUAUAGCAGUUAUUGCUGAGUCAGGCUGCAUUCGCAACACAGAUUUUGACAAUUCAUUUAUUUUUAAGUAAAUAUACAUGACAAAAAACAUGCUCAAGCUCUAGUUGUAUAAAAUGUUGAAUGAUUCAAGUUUCUUUUGCAUAGAUAAAUGCCUAUGAUGUGUAAAAAAAAAAUAUUCAUAGAACUUUAGCACCACUCCUACUGGCUGUUUUCUUUUCUUUUUUUUUAUUGUGCAUUUAAUUUCAGUUGUGAUUCUUCCUUUAAAUUAUCAUACUAAUACUACUUUGAUGUUACUUUGAUGCAUUAUCAUAUGUGGAAAUUCUUGAACCUGUACAUUUUAGCCCUGAAUAAAUAUUUCUUUACAAACGA